UCAUAGACUGCGGGGGCCACAUCCUCCCCCUCUCUGCCUGCGGUCACCACUGGCCGGGUCUCAACCUCUCCUCCCCACACCCCCAGCCCCAGAGGAAACGCUCCCUCACCUGGCCUCCUGCAACCAUGGAUGCAAAUCCCCCCAAAUCCUCGGAAUCCCAGUCCUUCCUGGAGGCCCCCAGGCCUGGCCCGAACCCAAGUUCCAUCGCGGUGAACAAGCCCCCGCAGCGAGACUCCCCCAGCCUGGUGGCUGACAGGCUGCCACCAAAGACGUGCGCUGUGGUUAUUGACAUGGGCACGGGCACCUGUAAGGUGGGUUUCGCUGGGCAGGGCAGGCCCACCUACACCGUGGCCACCAUCCUGGGAUGCCAUCCCAAGAAACCCGCCACUUCGGGGCAGUCUGGGCUGCAGACGUUCAUCGGAGAGGCCGCCCGCCUGCGCCCGGAGCUGACGCUGGUGCAACCCAUGCGCAACGGCAUCGUCGUGGACUGGGACGCCGCCGAGCUCAUCUGGCGCCACCUGCUGGAGCACGACCUCCGAGUGGCCACCUGUGACCACCCGCUGCUGUUCUCGGACCCACCCUUCAGCCCGGCCACCAACCGCGAGAAGCUAGUGGAGGUAGCCUUCGAGUCGUUGAGCUCUCCAGCCAUGUACGUGGAAUCGCAGUCGGUACUAUCCGUCUACGCCCACGGGCGUGUCAGCGGGCUGGUGGUGGACACGGGACACGGGGUCACCUACACGGUGCCGGUCUUCCAGGGCUACAACCUGCCCCACGCCACUGAGCGCCUGGACCUGGCAGGCAACCACCUGACGGCCUUCCUGGCAGAGAUGCUCCUGGGGGCUGGCCUGACUCUGGGACAGCAGGACCUGGACACGGUGGAGAACAUUAAGCACCACUAUUGCUACGUGGCCUCUGACUUCCAGAAGGAGCAGGCCCGGCCGGAGCAGGAGUACAAGCAGACCCUGGAGCUGCCCGAUGGGCGCACGGUCACCCUGGGCAAGGAGCUGUUCCAGUGUCCGGAGCUGCUGUUCAAUCCCCCAGAGGUCCCAGGGCUGUCCCCCUUGGGCCUCUCCACCAUGGCCAGGCAGAGUCUCCGAAAGGUGCCCCUGGAGGUGUGCACUGACUUGGCCAAGCAUGUGCUUCUCUGCGGGGGGUCCUCGCUCUUUGCCGGCUUUCAGGAUCGUUUCAGGGCAGAGCUGCUGCACGCCCUGCCCCCCAAGACUCACGUGGUGGUGACUGCCCAGCCCACCAGGAAUUUCUCCGUGUGGAUUGGGGGCUCAAUCCUGGCCUCCCUGCGUGCUUUCCAGUCCUGCUGGGUCCUGAGGGAGCAGUACCAGGAACACGGUCCCUAUAUUGUGUACCACAAAUGCUACUGACCAGGGCAGAUCUGGGGAGGGCGUGGGGGCAGUAAAGCCUCUGCUACAGC